CUAGCAUAGCCUAGCCUACAAGUUGUGAACUACAGGAUAUAUGCAAAAGAAGAAUGGCAGAAUUGACUCCAAGUAACCAGGAGCUUUUUACGUGCGCGAUUUGUCUGGAUCUCCUAAAGGAUCCAGUCACUGUUAAUUGUGGACACAGUUACUGUAUGGACUGCAUUAUGGUCUGCUGGGAUCAGGAAGAUCAGAAGGGAGUCUACAGCUGCCCCCAGUGCAGACAGACUUACAAACCAAGACCCGUUUUAAACAAAAACACAAUUUUUGCUGAGCUUGUGGAACAGUUCAGGAAGAGCAGAAUUCAACCUGUUGUUCCUGCUCCUGUUGUAUGUGCUGGAGCUGGAUAUGCGGAGUGUGACGACAGGAAACAGACACACUUCAGAGAGACCCAGAGGAAAUUUCAGCAGAGAAUCUUGGAGAGAGAGAAGGAGCUGCAGGAGCUGAGGAAGGCUGUGGAGACACUCAAGAGCUCUGCACAGGCAGCAGUGGAGGACAGUGAGAGGAUCUUUACUGAGAUGGUCCGCUCCAUUGAGAGAAGGCGCUCUGAGGUGACGGAGCUGAUCAGAGGUCAGGAGAAGGCUGAGGUGAGUCGGGCUGAAGAACAUCUGAAGCAACUGGAGCAGGAGAUUGCUGAGCUGAAGAGGAGAAAUGCUGAACUGGAGCAGCUUUCACACACAGAGGACCACAUCCAUUUCCUCAAGACACUCCAGUCAGUGAGCAGCACACCUGAGACUGAGGACGUGUCCAGCACCUGUGUUGACCAAAGCCUCUCUUUUGAGGCUGUGAAGAAAUCUGUCUCCUCUCUACAGGGGAAGCUGGAGGAUUUCUGCAAAGAGGAACUCAUGAAGAUAUCUGCAGCAGUAGUGACUGAAGUGCAGGCUGUUUUGCCUUCUGAACCUACAGCCAGAGAGGAUUUCCUACCAUACUCCUAUCACUUCACACUGGAUCCAAACACAGCUAAUGUAAAACUCCACCUGUCUGAGGGGAACCGGAGGGUGGAGAGGAGAGAUGAGCUCCACUCAUAUCCCGAUGAUCAUCCAGAGAGAUUUGAUGGGUACCCUCAGGUGUUGUGUAGAGAGGGUGUGUCUGGACGCUGCUACUGGGAGGUGGAGUGGAGUGGUAAGGAUGGUGUUUACAUCGCCGUCUCAUAUAAAAGCAUCAGCAGGAGAGGAUGGGGUGCUGAGCGUGUCUUUGGAUGCAAUAACCAGUCCUGGAGUCUCUAUCUCACCAGCUUCAGCUGCUUUUUCUGGCACAAUAAUAAACGGAUUACGCUCCCUCUAGUGGCCAGCUCCAGAAUAGGAGUGUAUGUGGAUCACAGGGCAGGAACUCUGGCCUUCUACAGCAUCUCUGACACAAUGACCCUCCUGCACAGAGUCCAGACCACAUUCACUCACUCACUCUACCCUGGGUUAAGACUACAAAUGGGAUCAUCAGUGAAGCUGUUGUGAGUGUUGUCAGUUGGGUAUUGGUCUGGUAUGAGCUGCAUGGCCCCUGCUGCAGUAGACAUUAGUGGUUCAGCUUUGGGAACUGGGCUCAGACUCCUCACAGAUGCACUGAGGAAAAGGAGGGGUAUGUGUAGUGUCGUGUAGCAUAAAUGUCCGAAUUCAAUAAGUCAGUAAGGUAUUGUACAAUUUUUACAAAAAUGUGUUGCGCUUUGCACCUAUGCAAUAUUUUGGACAGAAAGUGUAUUAUAAUUCAAUUCUUAUUUUAUUACAUUGAUACAGAUAAAGAAACCUAUUUUUCAAAUACUCUGAAUGUAAUCAGCUGUAAUUUUAAAGUCAGCUUCUGAUUGCCUGCCAUCGUUGCAGAAAUAAAAAGUCUGUGUUCCA